UAUACUCAAACCUAUCUCCUUCAAAGGCAUCACUCAGUUCUUCUCACUCUCAAAAAGCCCUAGCAAUGGCAACAACAGCCGCCGCUAUCCCCACCACCACCAUUCAAACAUUCGACAAUGACAUGUCCACCGACGCCGCCAUCCCCCUCCCAUCCGUAAUGAAAUCCCCAAUCAGACCCGACAUAGUAACCUACGUCCACUCCAACAUUUCCAAAAACGCCCGCCAACCCUACGCCGUCUCCAAAAAAGCAGGCCACCAAACAUCCGCCGAAUCAUGGGGUACAGGUCGAGCCGUCUCACGUAUCCCACGUGUACCUGGUGGCGGUACCCACCGUGCAGGACAAGCUGCAUUUGGUAACAUGUGUCGUGGCGGACGUAUGUUUGCACCAACAAAGAUAUGGCGUAGAUGGCAUAGGAAAAUACCUGUUAACCAGAAACGUUAUGCUGUUGCUUCUGCUAUUGCUGCUUCAUCCGUUCCUUCACUUGUUAUGGCACGUGGACAUCGUAUCGAGUCCGUUCCUGAACUUCCGUUAGUUGUUUCGGAUUCUGUUGAAGGGAUUGACAAGACUAGUAAUGCUAUUAAAGCGUUGAAGCAGAUUGGCGCCUAUGGGGAUGCUGAGAAGGCGAAAGAUAGUCGCGCUAUUCGCCCUGGAAAGGGUAAAAUGCGUAACCGUAGGUACAUUUCUCGUAAAGGACCAUUGAUUGUGUAUGGAACUGAAGGUGCUAAGCUUGUAAAAGCGUUCCGUAACAUCCCCGGAGUUGAAAUUUGUCAUGUGGAUCGGUUGAAUCUCUUGAAGCUUGCUCCUGGAGGUCAUUUGGGUAGGUUUAUUGUAUGGACUAAGUCGGCAUAUGAGAAAUUGAAUGCUAUUUACGGUUCAUUCGAUAAGCCAUCUCUGAAGAAGAAGGGGUACUUGUUGCCACGACCAAAGAUGGUGAAUGCUGAUCUUGCUAGGAUUAUCAACUCGGACGAGGUGCAGUCUGUUGUGAGACCUAUUAAGAAGGAUGUUAACAAGAGGGCAACAUUGAAGAAGAAUCCACUUAAGAAUUUGAAUGUGUUGUUGAAGCUCAACCCAUAUGCCAAGACUGCAAGGAGAAUGUCUCUUUUGGCUGAGGCUCAAAGGGUCAAGGCUAAGAAGGAGAAGCUUGACAAGAAGAGACAUCAAAUCACUAAGGAGGAGGCAUCAGCUAUCACGGCAGCAGGCAAAUCUUGGUUCAAGACGAUGAUUUCAGAUUCAGAUUACACAGAGUUCGAUGUCUUCACAAAGUGGCUUGGCGUUACACAGUGAAUGACCAUUUUUGUUUUGAGGUCAUGUUAGAAACUAUUUUGUUUGAUUGUUGGUUCAAUCUGAUCUUUUCACUUUUGAUGGUCCAAGCUGAGAUUAAGUGGGAAGGGAACUACAUCCUCAAGUCACUGAAGUUACUUGCGAAUUCUUUUCCUGAGCACAUUUUGUUGUCAAGUUCCGUUUUAUUAUUUUUAAGAGAUAUGGUAUUAAAGAUUAUAUGGAAUAGCUUUUACAUUAAA